AUGCGGGACGAACCAAAGAAAAGCCGAGGCAUUCAGAAUGACGAUGAGGAGGGAAGUUUGAUGAUUCAAAACCUGGAACCCACCCUUCAGCGCAAAGAGGAGAAGGAGAAUGAAGCUUUCUUUAAAAAGGUGCAAGAAAUCCACGAGGGUCUGCAAAACCUCCGAAGUAAAGUGUCUGAACUUGAGAACAAACAGAAAACUGUUCUGGGCGUGGCGCUGCCAGAGGAGAGUAUGAAGAAAGAGCUCCAGACUCUUCGAGAGGAGAUCAAAACGUUGGCGGGUCACAUCCAAAAAAAACUGAAGGGUAUUGAAUCAAAGAAGGGAGAGGAGGAUGGAAAAUACGUAACCAUCAGCAUUCGGAUGCAGCGGACCCAGCACGGCGUCUUGUCCAAGGAGUUUGUGGAGCUGAUGGGUUACUGUAACACCAUCCAGGCCCAGUACAGAGACCGCAACGUGGAGAGAAUACAGCGGCAACUCAAAAUCACUGGGACCAAUGUGACCGACGAAGAGCUGGAUACGAUGCUCGAGAGCGGGCAGACGGAUGUUUUCACCCAAAACAUCCUGAUCGACGCUAAAGCCACGAAGCAGGCUCUGAACGAGAUCGAGUCCCGGCACGACGAGAUCCUGAAGUUGGAGAAGAGCAUCAAAGACCUGCAUGACAUGUUCCAGUACCUCGCCAUGGAGGUGGAGGCUCAGGGGGAGAUGGUUAACCAGAUUGAAAACAACAUCAAACUGUCUACAAACUACGUGGAGAAAGCGAAGGAGAACACGGAGAAAGCCGUCACGUAUCAGCAGAAAGCUCGCAAGAAAAAGAUCUGGAUCGCGAUCUGUUUGGCCAUCUUAAUUCUCAUCCUAGUCAUCUCAUUGGUCUCCACCUUCGGCCCCUAACAGUUGGCAGUGUGAGUUGGCUGUAAUUAGUUUGCCAGAAGCCACAUUCUGAACCCCCCCAUUGUUUUUCAUGUAUGUUCAGCCCACAGGACGUACGGGUGAAUGAAGUCAGUCAUCAUCCCUCUGCAUUAUUCUGUCUUCCUCUAACACACACACGUCUCUUCUAACUGGCUCUAUUUGUUGUUGUUGUUGUUGUAAAAGAAGAGAUGUGCUCUCUGUUGUCUUAACUCACAAAUGACUACAAUCUUGCCUCCAUUUCCACUUCCACUCAAGAGGUAGUGCUGCUGGUUUAUGGGAACCCCCCCUCCACCCAAUCCUCUAUCAGAUAGAAUGUGGUCUACAACAAAGACCAGGACCCUUUGUGAACUGUUACGUCACUGCCUCCCCCCCCCCCNCCCCCCCGAUAUAUUAAAAAGAGGAAAUGAGUGGCCUUGAGCUAAGCACAAUGCAGUAUUGAAACCCAACACUGGCGCUGAUCAUUACUGUACUCAGGAAAACUGUGUGUCGACUCUUUAGUGUUGUUUCUGGACGAAUCGGAGGUGUAAAGUAACGAUUGGGCUUCCUUUUUAUAGGCAUAUAUAGUAAAUAGACUAAUAUAAUUGUACAUAACCUCUGUUGCUGGUGAUUAAGGCUAUUAUGCAGAUGUUUUUUUUUUUUUUACUUGAGAAGUUAAACCUGUCUACAUGUAACAAUUGUAAAUAUUGUUUGUUUUUUGUUUUUUUGGUGUGAAGCCCCCCCGCCCUCUUCCUCCUUUUGUAUUUUACAGAAGUGUCUCUGCACUGCAGUAAAAAAGGCCCACUUUUAUUUGUCCUACCACUUUGUAUUUAUGAUUUGAACAGUGUUUAAGCUGCUGCGAGAAAAAGUUCUGCAACACGUAAUGAAAUUAUGUUUUCUUUCAAAAAAUGGUGCCUUUCUCCUUUUUGUCCACACAAACAGCUCGAGAACGUGACGUUGUGCACUAACAUUGUCAAGAAGGGAGUGAGUUUUUAUUGUUUAUAUAAAUGUUUGAAUCCACACUGCAGUGUUCCAGCUUUUAGUCUGACACAUAUACGCUCAUUACUUUUUAAUUUUUCUUCACCAGUUUGUCACAUUGUGCAACGUCUGUCUGUUUUGCUAGUUUUAGUAAUUUAAUGAGUUUUAAAGCUGCAGGGAAAUCCUGGAAUUGAACAGCAGCUGCUGCGCCGCCACAAUGUGACAAAUCUGUAAAGAAAAAUGAACCAAAACUGUUUAGACGCUGUCCGGUCCUCGUCUGCUUUUGGAAAAGUCCGACGGAGGGCGGAGCGGCGACUCUGCUACUGUGUGAUAUUACAGCUGUCUCUUUCUGCAUCACUCAUUUUAAUAUAGAUUUGUUUUUAAAAUAAAAUACUGUCACGUUCUAUUG